AACUAGAGAGUUGUCGUCUGCUGCAGGGAUGGCCGGCGUCCUGCCGAGGUUUGGCCCCUUCGGCCCUCUGCCGCCAUCGGAUGAGUUCGGGAUCAGGGAGACGAGACCCCGUCUCGCCGGCAGGCGGGCCGGCGGGUACGACCUCGUGGAGCGGAUGGAGUACCUGUACGUGCGCAUCCUCAAGGCGCGGGACCUCAAGUGGACUGGCAGCUUCGACCCGCUCGCGGAGGUGAAGCUCGGGAGCUACUCCUGCGCCACGCGGCACAUCGAGAAGACGACGAGCCCGGAGUGGAACGACGUGUUCGCGUUCUCGCGGGAGAGGAUCCAGGCCUCGUUCCUGGACGUCGUGGUCAAGGGCAAGGGCUUCGCCAAGGACGACUUCGUCGGCCGCCUGCGCUUCGACCUGGCCGACGCCCCGCUCCGCGUGCCGCCCGACAGCGCGCUCGCGCCGCAGUGGUACCACGUCUUCGACAAGAAGGCGGAGCGCGGGGGCGAGGUGAUGAUGGCCGUGUGGUUCGGCACGCAGGCCGACGAGUGCUUCCCGCUGGCGGUGCACGCCGACGCCGCGUUCGCCGUGGACGCCAAGCUGGCCGCGCACAUCCGCUGCAAGCAGUACACCGUGCCGCGCCUCUGGUACGUGCGCGUCAAUGUCAUCGAGGCCCGCGACAUCGCAUUCGCGGACAAGGCGCGCGUCGGCGAGGUCUUCGUGCGCUCCAGGAUCGCCGCGCAGGUGCACAAGACCAGGACGUGCGUCGCCCGCCUGCCCACGUGCGGCUGGAACGAGGACCACAUGUUCGUCGCCGCCGAGCCGUUCGAGGACCACCUCAUCCUCUCCGUCGAGGACCGCGUCAAGGUCGACAAGGAGGAGGUCAUUGGCCAUGUCCACAUCCCAUUCAAAGAAUUCGAACGGCGGUGGGACGCCCGCCCGAUUCGCCCAAGAUGGUUUAAUCUGGUGCGGCCAGAAGGAGCCGCCAAAAUCGACAAGUUCUCUGCCAAGAUAUGCGUCCGGCUGUGCCUCGAGGGCGGAUACAGAGUGCUGACAGAGCCGGUCCACUACCUGAGCGACGUCCGGCCGGCGGCGAGGGAGCUGUGGCACCACAGGCCGCCCAUUGGCCUCAUCGAGCUCGGCAUCCACAACGCGUUCGGCCUGAGCUCCGUUCGCACGCGCGACGGCCGGGGCUCCUGCGACGCCUACUGCGUGGCCAAGUACGGCGUCAAGUGGUUCCGCACGCAGACCGUCAUCGACAGCCUCGCGCCGCGGUUCCACCAGCAGUGCUUCUGGGACGUGCACGACCACUGCACCGUGCUCACCGUCGCCGUCUUCCACAACUGCCAGAUAGGCGACAAGGGUGGCCUCGUGACCGGCGACCCCGUCAAGGACAUCCUCCUCGGCAAGGUGCGCAUCCGGCUCUCGACGCUCGAGACCGGGCGCAUCUACACGCACGCGUACCCUCUCGUCUCCCUCCACGGCGGCGGCAUCAAGAAGAUGGGCGAGCUCCAGCUCGCCGUGCGCUUCUCGAGCACGUCGACGCUGGGCCUGCUCCAGACGUACGCGCAGCCACACCUGCCGCCGAUGCACUACCACUCCCCGCUGUCCAUCGUGCACCAGGAGACGCUGCGGCGGGAGGCGGUGUCGCUCAUCGCGCACCGGCUGGGCCGGAUGGACCCGCCGCUGCGGCGGGAGUGCAUCGAGCACCUCUGCGAGGCGCACUCGCACCGGUGGAGCAUGCGCCGCAGCAAGGCCCACUUCUUCCGCCUCAUGGCGGCGCUGGCGCCCCUGUUCACGGGGCUCAGGUGGUUCGUCGACGUCUGUCACUGGAAGAACCCGUCCACCACCGUCGCGGUCCACAUCAUCUACGCCAUGCUGGUGUGCUGCCCCAACCUCAUCAUGCCCACCUUCUUCAUGUACAAGUUCCUCAUCGGCCUCUGGAACUACCGGCGCCGGCCGAGGCACCCGUGGCACGUCGACACCAAGGUGUCGCACGCCGAGAUGGCGCACCUGGACGAGCUGGACGAGGAGUUCGACGACUUCCCGACGGCGCGUCGUCCCGAGGUGAUCCGCAUGCGGUACGACAGGCUGAGGAGCCUCGGGGCGCGGAUACAGGAGAUGGUCGGCGACGUUGCGGCCCACGCCGAGCGUGCGCGGUGCGCGAUGACGUGGCGCGACCCCCGCGCCACGGCCAUGUACCUGCUGGCGUGCCUGUUCCUUGCGGUCACCACCCUCCUGGCACCGUUCCAGGCGGUGGCGCUGCUCACGGGGUUCUACGUGAUGCGGCACCCGACGCUCCGGCAGAGGCUGCCCGACGUGCCGGCGAACUUCUUCCGGCGACUGCCAUGCAAGGUCGAUUGCCUGCUUUGAUUGCGGAUCAAAUGAUGUUUCAGUCCGUAAUUUGAUAUUUUAUUGUUAGCA